AUUUUGCAGGUUGUGUGGCACCAGACUACAGAAAUUGGGUGUUCAUUGAGGAAAUGCGAAGAGCGAUAUUUUGUUAUAUGUCGAUAUAGACCCGCAGCGAAACCCUUAAUCGAAAAACCCUAUGAAGAGGGUCCUAGUUGCAGUAAAUGUCCUCAAGGAUAUGAAUGUCACCGCAAUCAAUGUGACGCCAACUCAGUGUCGGUCGACAAUUCGUAUUACUCCGCAACUCAAAGCAAUGCUGCAACUUCAGUUUAUGCGUCAUCUAGAGAAGCCCACGUCUCGUCUUCAGCUCUAACAAUGCAUUUUCUGAUUUUGAUCUUUCUGUUGGCAAUGGUUUUAAUCUUUUACUCAAAAUAA